AGCCGGGCCCCGCGGGACGGGCAGCCGGGCGCUGGGGAGCAGCCGGGCACAGACCCUAGUCCUGCUCGGAGUGGGGCUAGUGUCUCUCCCCCCUUCUCCAGCCACAGCCCCCGCUGCACAGGGGUCCCUGCCCGGCUGCCCUCCCCAGCCCCCUUCUCCCUCACCAUGCUGCCGAUCCGCUGCUGAGCUCGCCUGCACCCCGCUGUGGCGUGGGGGGUCCCGCCUCCUCCUCCCCCAGCAGCAGCAGCAGCAGCAGCAAACCUGAUUAAGAAUGACCGUCAAAGCUAUAAAAAUGUCGUGUACCACCCCAAAUGUUUAUACUAAAGUGCCUGAUGGAGGAUGGGGAUGGACUGUUGCUUUUGCUUUCUUUGUUGUGGAAGCACUUACAUACGGUAUUAUAAAAUCAUUUGGAGUCUUCUUUAAUGAUUUGAUGGAAAGCUUUGAUGAAACCAACAGCAGGAUAUCGUGGAUAAUUUCAAUAUGUGUGUUUGUACUGACUUUUACAGCUCCCUUGUCUACAGUCCUGAGUAACCGUUUUGGUCAUGGCCUUGUGGUGAUGGUCGGAGGGAUACUGAUCAGUACUGGUAUGGUCACAGCCUCCUUUGCACGCACAGUUGUCGAGAUGUAUAUCACGAUUGGCCUAAUUUCUGGCUUGGGAUACUGUCUGUCUUUCCUCCCGACUGUCACCAUUUUGUCACAGUAUUUUGACAAACGGCGUUCACUGGUCACGGCAGUGGCAUCCACAGGAGAAUGUUUUGCUGUCUUCUCUUUUGCGCCAGCUAUCACCUCACUGAAGGAGCAGAUUGGUUGGAGAUACAGUCUCCUGAUUGUUGGGGUGCUACAGUUAGGCAUUGUCAUCUGUGGAUUACUGCUGCGACCCAUUAUUAUCCAAGCACAGGAAGAAGUGAAAGUGUUACCAACAGAAGAGCAGACAGAGACUAAGUACAUGCUUGAAAAUGAGCAAACACGCACCUCAAUAGAUUCAAUUGACUCAGGAGUAGAAGUAUCUACCUCACCCAGCAGUGUGCCUGGAAACACCAAAGCAGAGCUGAAAAGUGAAGAACCAAAGGAAACCAUACAGAUGCUUGUUGAAGCUAGCAGCUCCCCUAAAGAACCAAAAAUCCAACUACUGGACUUCUCUGUGAUGAAAGACCACGGCUUUAUUUGUUAUGCACUUUUUGGUCUAUUUGCUACUCUGGGAUUCUUUGCUCCGUCACUGUAUAUCAUUCCUCUUGGCAUCAGUCUUGGUAUCGAUAAGGAUCGUUCUGCAUACAUAUUGUCUGCAAUGGCCAUUGCUGAAGUCUUUGGAAGAAUUAGUGCCGGUUGGGUCCUCAACAAGAAGCCUAUCCGCAAGAUUUACAUUGAACUCAUAUGUGUCAUUCUGCUCUCCAUAGCUCUGUUUGCCUUCCCUCUUGCCUAUGGAUUUUGGGGACUGAUGAUAUGUAGCAUAUUUUUUGGGUUCAUGCUUGGAACUGUAGCGGGCACACACAUUCCAAUGUUAGCCGAAGAUGAUGUGGCUGGUAUCGACAGGAUGUCUUCUGCAGCGGGAGUGUAUGUCUUCAUUCAGAGUUUAGCUGGGUUGGCUGGACCACCCCUUGCAGGUGUGCUAGUGGACGUGACACAGAACUACAGAUCAGCAUUCUACUCCUGUGCUGCUGGCAUGGUACUGGGUGCUGUGUUUCUGUCCUUAGUAAGACCAUGCAAGACAGUACUGUGUCAAGGUCAGAAGCAAGGCUUAGAAGAAAAUGCAUCGGAAGCUUUACAAGACAUACCAGAUGACUUUAUUGAAAUGGAUCUUGGAAAAACAGAUGAUUCAGUAAGAAGCUGUGACAGCAUAGCAUGAAAAAGCUGGUCCUUAUAAAUCCAAUAUGCGCUUUGUUAAAUCUGGGAAAAACAAGUCAGCUCUGCUCCAUGUUCUAAAACUAUACUUCAAAAGGCAUGCAACAUUUUAAUGUGAAAAAGUUGCCAUCAACUAUUAUUUUAGAAAGAUUGCUUUUAUUUUUUUAAACCAGCAAUGGUAGGUUCCAUAUGAGAGAUGGCCACGCAUUGCUAGCUACAUAAGAAGUAUGAACGAAAAUCAGAAGUGGCCCCUACAACUAAAUCUAUUAGGUCACAAUCUUUUGUGAUUUCCUGGUAGGCUUCCCAAACUGUAAAUUUUCCUCAAUCAACAGAAUAAAUAAUGGAGAAGAAAUUAUUUAAUAAAUAUAAAUUGAACUAGAGUUUUCUAUCAGAAGAACAUGGACUCUUGUUUCAGAUCAUUGUAACAAGACAUGGGGGGCAGUAGGGUAGUCUAAUUAGUUAAAGUAGAAUUAUUGGUAAAUUGGUUUUUAGUUAACUUGAAUUUUGUAAAUGCUGGGAAGUUGGAGGUUACCACUUAUUUUUAUGGCCAGUUAUUACUGCAGAUAUUUCACUAUAAAGUUAUUUCUCUACAAACUAGCAUCCUAAGAAUCGUUUCCUGUUGCUAGCAAGAUAUAUUGUCUUUAAUUUAAACCAGUAUUUAUUAUUUAAGUUAUUCUAGGAUUGUUAAAGGCUAUCAGAAAAAUAAUUUGAAUUGGAGAGAAAAAAUAUCUGAUUUAGCAGAAAACCUUUUUACCUCUUUGCAUCAAUCCUUUCAAUGCCUAUCUUGUAAACUCAGUUUUGUUUUGUUUUGAAAAUCACAAGUUGUGAAUGCUGCCUGAUUUUACUAUGGUGGUCUUAGACAACUAUGCUCUUAAAAUAAUCCUGUGGUAAACUGAAUGCAAGAUACUAUCCAUCUUUUAAUAGACUGCAGGUCAUUGCCUCAGCUGGUGUAAACUGAUAUAGCUCCACUGAAUAAUAGCUGGGAAUCUGGUCCUGUAUGAUUAGCACCUAAACAUACCUGCAACUUCCACUUACCACAGCUGCACAUAAAGGAAUCUUUGCAGCACUACUGAAUUAACAUGAAUAAAGUCAGUGCAGCUAAUAUGAAAUAGUAAAGGCACUUGACCAUUACCAGUCACUGUAUUCUAAUAAUGUAAACUAUCAGUGUGUUUUCAAGCUUCGGUAGGCAUCAAAUAACUGGUCUUCUACAAUGGAAAGAAAAUCAUCAUUGUGGGCACUGCUUUGUUGCCAUUGAAGUCAGUGAGUUUUUUGCCACUCACUUCAGUGACAGCAGAAUUGUGUCCUUAUUGUGUUUCGUGUUUUAUUACCCACAAAGAAGGGAAUUCUGAGAGACGACAAACCGGCUGUUCACUCACUCUUAUUUUGAUAGAUUCCUUUAUGCAUUAUUAUGCCACUCGGCAACUCAGGGGGACAAGUAAAAAGUUUGUUUGGUUCUAAGUAUGCGUACAGCUUGACAUGUUUCUCUGUACUUAAGUGGAAGUGGCACUGUAUAUUAACUGCUAUGCUAACAUGUCUAGGUAUUUUAUCAGCCAUAGAAAUGUGGGACAAUCUGUAUAAAACUGCUCUCUUUAGGAAGGUGUUUUUCUUUAAACUGUCUUAGAUGUCCAAAAAGAAACACAUUCCCGCAACAAAGUGGCUAUAGCAAUCCACUGUUACUGCCUGAGAACUAGUGAGACUAUGCUGCAGUUUUGUUUCUUUUUUUUAACAUGCCUUCAGCACUUUAUGAUGUACAGCAGAACCUCGCUAAAUUGCAUGAAUGUCUGGAAGAUCCAUUGUACAUGACUAGAUUUUGUGAGUUAGCAGGUAAGUGAACAAACACAAUACUGCAUCACAAAACUGUAUUUAUUUUUGUAAAUGUUUAUUUUUAAUUUAUGCUAAUGCUUCUGGCAUACUGGUAAAAUGUACUGUAGAAUAUAAUUGUAAAAUUAAUGAAGUCUUAGUAAUACGAGACCUCACUACAGCACUUUGCUAUUAUAAACUUGUUUAGAAGUGGGAGAGGCUGCCAGGUUGUGUGUGUGAGAAAACUACCUGUUCUGCAGAUUAACGAGGUUCUACUGUCACUUUUUUACAAGGAUUUCCAAUACAGAUUCAAUAAUAAUGUCUAUAAAUGGCUGCACAAUAAGUUUCUGUUUAUGUCCAUAGCAUGAGUAGGCACAUGUAUGUUAGCAUGCAUAUGCGCACAAAAGACCCAGAAAAGCAGGCUUUAACGUGUUCAAAACAGGAUUUGCUGGUUUGUUCUGUAAUGUAUUUAGUGAAGUCUGGAAGUGAUAUAAAAUACUGAGUUUUACAAUAAAGUUUUUUGAAAAACAAAACACUUUUUACCCCUUUCAUUUCCAGAUCUCCAGUGCUGUGCUUCUAGUUGUCCUGUAGUAACCUCGCAAAAAGUAACACAGAGCCUUGUGAAUAAAGGGCUUGAUUAUUAUGAUUCCCUCUUCAGAAAGGCUUUCAGGAGUGCACUAUCAGAUGCAGCUUGCUGAGAUUGAAGGACCAUGUUUACCCAGUGGACUAAGCAACUAUGCAUUCUUUUACAUUGCUUGCAUGUGAGAGGGUGGAUUAAUAUUGACCUUAAAUGAGAACUGGUGCUCUUGUAAAAUUUAUACCACUGUACUCUGGGCUAUAAUCAUGCAUCAUUCUGACAGGUAACUGUGCUUUGAUAACAUAUACACAUUUGAGGAACAUCACUGUCAUAUCUAAGCAAUCAUGCAAUUAUUAUACUGUCUCAGUGAAUAGAGAAGAAUGUUAUAUUACAAAGCAGCUGGCUGGUGCCUCAAAAGUGAAACUGUAAAUUGCACAGAGCCAUAACACUUUCUGAGGCAUUAACUUUCUUUUCUGCAAAACCCUGGUUCUUAUAUUAAUUUAAUCCAAUCCAAUUCUCCCCAUUCCCUCUCACAAUUCCCCAUUAAUAGCUCACAGCAUGAAAAUGGGCAGUAAGCACUAUUACUAGUUAUUCCUUGGAGGAGAAAUCAGUGGCACUUUCUUAGUGUGACUUGUUUUAUUUAUACUACAUACAUCAGUCCUGGAACAAAAACUGAUCACAAACAGCAUGCAGGCAAACCUCUUUCAAAAUCCCAGUGUCAACACCAAUGGCCAGUUUUCAGGGAGCAACUCUACCACAAGAAUUAACUGCUUAGAUUAAGGCGGACAGUAAAGCAUGCUAUUUGCAACGGAUUCCCCAAAAAGAACGUGAAUCACGAAACUAUAGCUCACAUGCUAAGAAAAAGAACUUGUUAAAUGGUAACUGCCAUCUGGUGACUUCCACUAUAGAAUCAUAGAAUAUCAGGGUUGGAAGGGACCUCAGGAAGUCAUCUAGUCCCACUCCCUGCUCAAAGCAGG